UCCAAACUCUAAACAGAAACAUUUGACAACGAGACCAAACCAGCUCAGGUCCACUUGACAGAGAAUCUCCCACAUCACAUCAAUGGCUCUUCCUCUUCGUCAGCAUUGCCUAACCCCCACAAAAUCUCGUCUUUCUCCCCAAAAUGCCCUCCCUCGCCGGAGUUUUCUCAAGCUCUCCGACCGUCGUGAUACUCAAACUUCCCCUCCACCGCAGCUCACCAUAAAAGAACAGAAACCCAGUUCUCAGAACGGCUCUCUCUACUCACCUUUACUCGUCAGAUGCAGCAGAGACCACGACGAACCUCAGUCAACGCACGAUGAAAAGAUCCAAACUUUACAGAAACCCAAGAACGGGAAGAGCUUCUGGGCCGCCGUUAGUUUAAUCAUCGGAACCGCCGUGGGUCCGGGAAUGCUCGGCCUCCCAGCCGCAACCAUCAGAUCUGGCUCGAUCCCAUCGACGGUCGCUUUACUCUGCUCUUGGGUCUACGUCAUCUCCUCUAUCCUCCUCGUGGCCGAGCUCAGCUUCGCAGCUAUGGAAGAAGACAACGCGUCAGAGGUCAGCUUCACAGGCCUUGCAACUAAAUCAUUCGGGGAUAAAUUUGGAGUCUUUGUGGCUUCUGUCUAUGCUUCGCUGAGUUUUGCUUUGAUGGUUGCUUGCGUGUCUGGGAUUGGCUCUAUUGUCUCUCAAUGGUUUCCUACAAUGAAUCCGUUAUUAGCCAAUGCUAUAUUCCCUCUAGUCUCCGGAGUCUUGAUCGGUUUCUUCCCGUUCAAUGCUAUUGAUGUCGCCAACAGGUGUCUCUGCUUCCUCAUGCUCUUCUCUAUAACUUCACUCGUUGCUAUAGGUUUAUCCGUGGCUAGGUCCAACGUGUUGGCUUCCUUUGGUCAGUCUUGUUGGAAGGUUUCGGCGGUUUUGCCCGCGGUUCCCGUUAUGGUGCUGACGCUGGGGUUCCAUGUCAUCACUCCUUUUAUAUGCAACCUCGCUGGGGACUCGGUUUCGGAUGCUCGGAGAGCUGUUCUUGUGGGUGGUGUUGUGCCGUUUGUUAUGGUGUUGUCGUGGAACCUCAUUGUUUUGGGGCUCGCGAGGAUCAAAGUCCCUGUGGGUUCUUCUUCGGCCAUUGACCCUAUCUCGCUUCUUCUGUCUGUGAACCCUUCUGCUUUGUCUGCUGUUCAGGGUUUUGCUUUCUCGGCGUUGGCCACCAGUUUGAUCGGAUACGCUGUUAGCUUCCCGAAGCAGCUCCUUGAUACAUGGAAGCUUGUGUCUAAACAGUCAAAGGGAACUGAUGGGAGAGUUUCAGACAGUGAAGCGGCGAGAGGUCGUGAUGGAUUUGAAGCGGUAGUGAUGCUGUUUGUGCUUGGUGUUCCGGCUCUCAUUGCAACGUACUUUCCUUCAACGUUUUCGAGGGCUUUGGAUUUUGCAGGUGUUUAUGCGAACUGUUUUCUCUUUGGUGUACUGCCUCCUGCAAUGGCUUAUAUUCAGCAGUCUAGGAAGAAGCUCAGGUCAUGGGUUCUUCCCGGAGGCAACUUUACUUUGUUGAUCUUAUUUGUAGUCGCUGUGAUACUGGGAAUAUGGCAUUAGAUAGCCAUCAAACAGAAAUGUAAUGUUUGGAUCAUUCUACGGACAUGUGACAUGAUCUGACUGUGCUAACCAGGCUUAGAUAAGUAAAAGGCGACAUUCACAAAGAAAAAUGCGUUUUCUGGUUAGCACAGAGAAGUCUUUUACCACAUAGCAAAUUCAAAUUUGACUCUGGAUGAAAAAAUACGAGACUUGAGAUGAUACCAGAGAAUUGAAGGGUGUGACCGGUAACUAUCAUAAGAACAAUAGAA